UCCAGAAGUGAGGAUGUACAUGGCCCCUGUGAUGCACGGAGAUAAAGUUAUUUUCACUAGCAUGAGGACCAUCACAUUUAGGCUAUCAUCAGAACAUUGCAUGAAGCAGGGAUGGACGUUAAAACCUACCCAGGCCAAGACGGUAGCGUUCGAAGAUCUCACACAGUAUGUUCCCAGUGCACCAUCCUCCAAGGAGGCUGAGAAACCCCGUGGAAUCGUGGAGAGAUACUAUCCAGAUGGCUCCAAGUUUGUCACCAUGUUCCCAGACGGAACUGGCACCGUUUUCUAUCCCUCGGGUAAUGUCGCCAUAGUGAUCUCUGCUCUCCGCCGUAAGCAGCUGGUCUACACCAUCUUUGAAGACCUGAAGCAGAAUGCAGAAAUGCUGGGAAUAUUCCGGUCAACUGGUUACGGCACUUGUUACCUCCCCAGUGGACAGAUUUGGAUUAGCAUAACCCCUCGAUGUGGAUUUUACUUCACUGAGCGGGGUCUCCUCAAGAAACAGUGGCUGUGGCGGGAUUACCAGUACCAUGUCCAUGCACCUCCCUACAACUCAAUCAGCCUCAAAUUAAACUCCAGCAUCAGCGUCCAGGUCGUGUCACGAGACAGGAUUUACACCACGUUCAAAAUGAGGAAAAGGAGCAUACGACUUAACAUGGGGGCAAAGCUGGUACUGAGGGACCUGGAACAGGCUGACGAGACGCAGUCAGAUGGCACAGAGCCGGAGAACUACAUCGAUAAAGCGAAACGGAAAAUCCGUGUGCUCACCGAGCAGAUGAAGCGGCUCUGAAUGAUCUGUACCCGUUACCGCCAUCUCCCAUCACAGCAGCGGAGACAGAAAGUGGGAGCCGAGAUUCCAGCACCCUUACUGUUAAACUAAACAAGUAAACCCCUUCCUAACGUGAAAGUAAGAGUUCUGCACAGAAACUCGUGGAUGGAUUGUUCUCUUCAGCCUUCCUUGCAAUUGACUGAUGAAUUUAUGCUGUUUACUUGCAUCAAUCUGUUUCAGGCAUUUGUUCACCGUGACCUUUGAAUAUAACAGAAAAGCUGACCACAAUUUGAAAUUGAAGGGGUGAAAAUAUUUUCGAUUUGGUACUUUUUACAAAUACUUUUCAAAUUGUGUGAUGGGUAAAGAGUGUAAUCUAGUGCAGAAAAUGUUAA